AUGGCACACACUGAAUCUGCUUUGCCUUUGAAAAAGCUACAAGGCAAAGUUGCCAUUGUCACCGGUGGUGCAAAUGGUAUUGGGGAGGCCACUGCACGUCUUUUCGCCGAUCAUGGGGUACGAGCAGUUGUGAUUGCCGAUGUGCAAGACAAGAAAGGCCAAAUCGUGGCUGAAUCCAUUGGCGCGGAGCGCUGUAGCUUUGUGCACUGUGAUGUUAGUGAUGAGAAACAAGUGAAGGCCAUGGUCGAUUUUACUGUCCAAAAAUACGGUCAACUCGAUAUCAUGUUCAGUAAUGCUGGAAUACCAAGUAAAUCCGAACAAACAAUACUCGAUUUUAACUUUUCACAAUUUGAAACCUUGUUCGGAAUCAAUGUAAAAGGUAUGACAGCAUGCGUAAAGCACGCAGCACGAGCUAUGGUGGAGAAGGGUGUCAAGGGAACCAUUGUCUGCACUGCUAGUGUGGUUGCCACCAAUUGCAAGGGAGGUACGAAUAUGACCGACUAUGUAAUGUCGAAGCACGCUAUUUUGGGUCUGGUCCGAGCAGCUAGCCAGCAACUUGGUGUACAUGGGAUUAGAGUUAACUGUGUUUCACCAACUGCAAUCGCGACCGGAAUGGCAGCAAACACGGGCUUGACGAGCGAGGGAGUUCAAAUGGUAUUCGGGCCUUUUACUCCAUUGAAAGGAAUUGCAUUAACAGUUAAACAUAUAGCAGAUGCUGUAUUGUUCCUCGCAUCAGAGAAUUCUGCGUUUGUUACUGGACAUGACUUGGUCGUGGAUGGUGGAUUGAUCAGCCUUCCCCAUAUAAUGGUUACUGAAAAAUGA